GACGUAUACUGCAAUGGCUACAUUGAUCGUCUAUAAAAGAGAAAUGUUUGACUUAUUUAUCAGGUUUGAGUUGUUUCCCUUUACUCUAAAAGAUAAUCAGUUCAUAGACAACGGUUGAGAAGAAGGACAUUCAACUAUGGAGGGGAAACGUGGAAAAUCAGGCCGUACAGGACGAACUUUUCGAUCUAAGUUUUCUCAGAUCAAAGGUGGAAGAGUCGAAGGACUUCUGAUACACUCUUCAGGCGUCAGUUCGCUCCAGGAAGAAAAUCAACGUGUAGAAGAAGCGAUUACCUACUCACUGGGAAAACACAAUCGUUGGCUUCUUCCGGAAGUAAUCAAGACCAGCUGUGUUAGCGCUGGAUUCGAUGAAGAACUUGUGUUGGUCGAGCGCUUUGCGAGCGCAAGCGGCAGGAAACAUACUCGAGCAGACUGCAUUUCUGUGUUUAAUUCCAAAAAUGGCACGUCGCGCAAACCCAGACGUAAGUUAGCACACUCAAAAGAUUUACUUCGAGACGACGAGGAGAUCAAAUCUCGGUUUGAGGUAACCUACCCGAAUCCCUCAGCAUCAUGGUCGAAACAGCCCAAGAAACCCUCUGGUCAUCAUGGAAAAAGGAAGAACUUUUCUUCCGCCACUUAUUGCUUACUUGAAGAUUAUGAUGAAGAUUAUGAUGACGAUCUGGUUGAAACUGACUUUGACAGUGAAUUUGAGGAGGAUUUUAGAGGGAAAUUGGACAGAUCUUCAAGCCUUGACCUGAACACGCUCAUGAAAAACUCUACAUCAGUUCCACAAACACUUUAUGGCAAAGAAAGGUCUUCUCUGAACAAAAAUUGGAGGGAGAGACAAAUUGAUUCAGUACAGACAAAGAGGCAUUUCCUUGUUAGUGAUGAUAUGGAAAUGCACCAAAUGCAUUUGGAGUACUUGGAGGAAAUCAAGGCAGGAUCUUCCCUUUUAGAUUCCAGAGAAGAACAUAAACAGUCAAACAAGAACAAUCAAAAUCCUGAAGUGGGUAAGCAAAGGCGUCGUCGUGCAAGAAACCCAGCUGUCUCUUCAGUUUCAAGUAGCAAAGCAGCCAAUGAGUCUGUACCACUACUUAAAACCUGUUCUGAUCUAGUGGAAUGUUCUAGUUCAGACACUGAUGAAGGCAUUGUCCUUACAAUGAGAAAGCAAGAAAUUAUGCCAGAGACCCUUGCACAACAGUGGCCUCACAUGUACAAGGAGGGUUCUAGUUUCCCCAGAACUUUUGCCCUCAGUUUAACAUCGCUUAUACCCCUGACCACUGGUGAUGAAGUCUUUAUCGCUUUCAGAAUACUUAAGGACCAUGCAAGGUGCCACUCAGGUGAAGUAAAAGCUGUAAUGAGUAUGGCUGUUUACAAAGACAAUGAUGCUUAUGAAAAAACUGUCAAGGAUUUUAUUUCCCAGAUCAGUAUGAUGCAAACUGAUCAGAAAAUUUGGACCAUGCAAGAAAUCAUAGACAUGGCCAUUAGUUUUCAUUCAGAGCUGGCAAAGAACAUAAGUGUGAAGGUGCAUUGCAAAGAGCCACGGAAACCGAGGCUGUCACUGGAUGUUUUCCAAGAUCUGUGUGGAUGGACAUCAAAGACAUUCUCAUCUCAUACAGCCAAACGUCAAAUAAAGAAAUGUCUCUCAGAGGUCACAUGCCACCCAGGGACAUCCACUGCCGCUGUUCCUUUGGAUAGCAAUCCUGUGAUGAUGGAAUCUUGUGGAAUCUGUUUCCAAGAGGUUCAAGACAAAGAUAAGCUUUCAGGUAUAUGUGACUGAUAAAUUAGACUAUUUUUGGAAGGUCCAGCAUGUAUCAUUUAAGCAUUAUUUUGAUUACCCUCCUGCCUUCUUGAUCUGUGUUUAUCUGAAAACUUUUUCAGUAGUGAUUUUAAAAGAAUUGUUUUUGAAAGAAUAAUUUAUCACAUAUUUCAGAAUCUGAUAUGAGCUAUAUUGAUUAUUACUUGAUUUGUAUCAUCAAUGUUUUUUUUUGUUCACUUUACUUUGCUUAUAUACUUUCCCUAUGCACAAUUUCCCUAAUUGGCUGAAUUUCUUAAAGGAAGGGAAUGAAAGGGGAAUUUUUAAACAGGAUGACCAAAAAUUAGGAAAAUGUCAUUUAUGAGGUUGGAAUAGUUUUAAUGCUUUAUAAAAAAUGGUACCAAGAUAGCAUUUUUCCCAACAGGGUUGAUAUUCUUGCAUGAAACCUUUUUAACCCUUUAACUCCCAGAUCAAAUUAGUAAUUCUCCUUACUGUCAACCAUACAAUUCUUAUAAUAUUAGUUCAAAGAAUUUAUCAUUCGAUCAACUGAUUAUCCCCAAAUUGAUAUUUUUCUUUAUUCUCAUCACUCAUCUGGUUGAUAUUGUUUUGAUAUUUUAAAGAGAAAUUCUGUCUUGGUCACUCAUGGGAGUUAAAGGUUCAAUACAACCCUUAGUCCUUAGAAAACAUUGUCUAGCUACUCAGUGGUUUCCUAUCAUGUUUUAGAGCUCAGCUUUAGUGUUUGCAUUCAUUGCUUCAACUUAACCAGUUAGAUAAUAUGAUCAGGUCUUGAGAAUCAAGAAAAUGUUGUGUUUCAGAGCAUGAUGGCAUCAUUCCAUUUCUGUCCUUGAAUGGCUGUGGCCAUAAGUUCUGUAACAGUUGUUGGAAAGUCCAUUUGAAGACCCAAUUUGAUCUGGGCCAAAUGAAACUGAGGUGCCCUGGGCAUGAGUGUAGCAUAGCAGUUGAUGACGUUACCUUGAUGUCCCUUGUGCCAUCUCUGUUUGAACGGCUUCUGGCAAAGAGGGUGGACACCAUGCUGGAGAUGAGCCCCAAAUGGAAAUGGUGCCCUGCAGACCGGUGCAAGUUGGUUGUCAAUGCAACAACAAUUCAAGACUCCUCCAAGACUUGUUAUGCAGAAUACAGUGGUAGUGUCCAGCCUAUGCCAGUGGCAUGUGUCUGUGGUACCAUGUGGUGUUUCAAGUGCCAGGAAGAUGCUCAUUGGCCAGCUACCUGUGAGGAAGCUCGGGAGUUCAGGCAGAAGAAUGCAUCUUAUGCUCGAUUUGCGACAAGGAAGGAAAAAGAGCUGAUUACCAGUGUACAAGUGAAGCGCUGUCCCUCCUGUUAUUACCCUGUAGAAAAGGGUCUUGGUUGUAAUCAUAUGACAUGCAUCUUCUGUCGCAAGGAAUUCUGUUGGUCUUGUUUACAAGACUGGUCAGUGUCUACUAUUAAUCACUCACAGUGUAGACUUGUUCAACUGACAAAAAUUCAGCUGGCCACAAAAUGUGUAAACAGUGUGUCUUAUCAGCAUAUUGCAGUUACAAGUCGGGUUGCUAGAGCUUCAAGUUUGAUAUGUCAGAUCCACAGAAAACUUGACAAGAUAGAACAUGAUCUUAACAUUUAUUCUAAAUGCUUUCCCCUAAGACCAGAACUAAAAAAGACAAGCUGUACAGAGCAGCAGCUCAAGAAGCUUUGUGAGAAUAAUGCUGUCCAUCUGUUAAAGAAAGUGUUCAAUUUUAAAUUCCAAGCACAUUUAGCAUUAGAGGGGCUGGCAAUUAGGUUGUCAUUUUCAAAUGGUGCUGUGGGCUGUAGUAAGAAACUUGCUUUGGAGUUUAGCAGGUUGUUUUUUAUUGUGGAGAGAAUGGAAAAAAUCCUUCAAGAUUUGAAUUGUUGUCUUACUAGGAGAGAAAUUUUAUCAAAACUGAAAUAUUUUAUUAAGUUUGGUAAGAAGUGUAUUCUUUCAAUUGGCAGGAGAGUGAAUGAGUAUCAUUGAAAUCUUGUAAUUUAACGGUUUUGAAAAGUAUUGUCAACAAUGGUUGUUACUAAACAGAAAUGAGGGAAGUGAAAGCAACUGAAUAUAAAUUUUCUUAUAUUAAUUAUGAUUUAAGAAUUAGUUGUUCUUUUUAAUUAUCACUGCAAGACUCAACUGUUUAUUUUAUUUUGUGUGACACUGUAUAAUGUUUAUUUUAAAUUUGACCUUUGUCCUUCUGAGGUAAUCAGCGUGGGGCUUUUCAUUGUAGCUUUAAAACACAUGUUAAUUUGAAGGUUAAUUGUUAUUAGAUGAGAGAAUUUAAGACCAGUGGAUAUAAUUUUUCUGGUUAUUCCUGAGAAGAGAGUGCUUUAUCAAUGCCACAUCCCCAUCUUGGAUCUCUUUGUUCAUUCUCAUUACCUUUAUGUUUAGGAGAAUUGUCAUACUGAUCAUUCCUGAGAGUCAAAUUUUAAAACAAUUUCUUUGAUGCUGGUUGCUAAGCAAUUCAUUUUAAUUACAGGUUAUACUCUGUUGAAGUGAAACCAAAUCUUAUUUAACUAGUGGUAUGAUCAGGAAAUGUUGUGGCACUGAGUGAGAAGAAUUAGGACUCAAUUUUAAGUAACUGAACAUGUAAGAGUAAAGCAUCGAUUUCAAGCAACCAGUUUAUUUUCCUUUCACUGUUGUAUGUCUACAUAUUGAUGAAUAUUUUAAUAAAAAUAAAAGUCCUGCAUAUUACCUUACUUGUGAUAGCAUAAUGAACAUGCAAUUUAUAUAAUUUUGAACUGCAAUGAAAAUAAAAAUUAAGGAAAUGGG